AGAGCUUCCUCCGCAGAAAUGGGUAGAGCCGAGAAAGAGAAACUGAACCGAACUCUGAACCAGCACCUCAACACCGUCCACGAGAUCUUAGAGGUGAUAGAUCAAAACCCAGUUUCCACAGUUGAGAAGGUGAGCUGGGAAGAUGUCGUCCAGAUGGGUAACCAAGUCUCCAAACAGGCUACCAUUGUUGGAAUGAUUUGGAGUGGAGAUAGAGUAGAAGCUAGAGUGAUUGAAGAAAACAUGACCGCCUACUUCAAUAUGCUACAAAAUUUCCUUCUUCUUUCACAUGGGAGUUUGGUUGGUGCAGGGCCUACUCUUUCUUCUUGUGUCCACGCAUCUGUAAAGCAAGUUGUUGACUCCAGUUUUAAGCUGAUGAAGGAAUCUGUCUCCUUGUAUGGAGCAGUGAAUAAAGACUGGAAAAUGUCAAUUCCACAGUUGGCUGGUGCAGUAUGGGAAGCCUGUUCUGCGCUUAAGAAAGUUCCUUCCACAAAUGUCACGGCAAUCGGGCGAGCAAUGACACAGGUUGCGGUCACCAUGAAGGAUGUUCUUCGUGAGAUGAAGGAGCUUAAGCCAGCUACCGACUCAACAGGAGAUGAGAUGGAAGCAGAGAUUCAGCCUCAUUAUGAUGAAACUUCGAGCGACAGUGAUCUGGGAAACGACCUGUCAGCUGAAGAGAUGAAAGCUGCUGAGCUAGCAACUGAUGCUGUGUCUGAGACUCUUGGCGUGAUAAAGGAACUAAUUCGGACCAUCACAAGUUUGCUUAAACGAGAAAGUCCAAUUGACAAGAAUUUUGUGGAUUCCCUAGAGAGAUUGUUAAAGAUGUGUCAAGGAAUAGGAGAACAGAUAGACGAGCUUGGAGCUUGUCUCUAUCCCCCACAAGAGGUUUCCACUAUCAAGACAAUAUUGGAAAAAAUGUCCAGCCUUACAGAUGAUAUGAGAGCUGAGUUACAGUGUCUUGAAGGAAAUUUGGAAGCUUUUAUUCAGGCAUGUGAUUGUUUGAAGAGAACAUUGAGACGGCUUGAUUCUGCGCUAGACUGCCCAACAACUGCAGAUUGAGAAACCAAGGUGCAGAAGAUUGAUUUGAACAAUUAAGGGAAAUAGGGUUAGUGAUUAUCAAAAUGGUUCUUGUAAUGGUCUUUUUUCAAUAGUUGAACAAUUCUGGAUGAUUGUGUUAUGUUGGUCUAGUACGAUUGAUUAUAUCAGUUGUGUACUGAAGAUCCAUCAGACCAUUGAUUAGCAAUAUCAUAGAGCUGAUACGGGUCAUUCACCCUUCAAUAAGA